AGAGAAAGACAGUAGAUCGCAAGAGAAACCGGACAACUUAGUGGACGGACGACGACGCAGCGGGCAGCCUGGGUUGCGCGACGGCGACUCGUCUUCCCGGCACAGCGGCGUUUGCGAGACAGGGAGAGCGGGUGAUACCUCCUGGCGAAGGCGAUCGCGCGCGCGCGAGUGCGGCGGCCGGCUGCCUGGGCAGGUUCUCGUUGUCGUCGUCGUCGUCGUCGUCGUCGUCGUCAUCAUCGUCGUCGUCGCGAUAGUCGCACAGUCCGUCGUCUCGUUACGCGUCUAGUUGAGCGAGGACGCACUCAGCGAACCACGCGACCGAGCGGAACCGACCCGACGAGUGGAGCAACCCACAGCUACAGCUACGACAGCCCGUCAAUCCCGUCGUACGAUGAGUUUCUUAUUUGGGAGUAGGUCUUCCAAGACCUUUAAACCAAAGAAGAAUAUCCCAGAGGGUACUCAUCAAUAUGACCUGAUGAAACAUGCUGCGGCUACAUUAGGCUCUGGUAAUUUGCGACUGGCUGUUAUGCUUCCCGAAGGAGAGGAUCUGAACGAAUGGGUCGCCGUGAAUACCGUUGAUUUUUUCAAUCAAAUCAACAUGUUGUAUGGGACUAUCACGGAAUUCUGCACAGAAGAGAGUUGUCCAAUCAUGUCUGCUGGACCGAAAUAUGAGUAUCACUGGGCCGAUGGUCAUACGGUGAAAAAACCUAUCAAGUGCUCUGCGCCCAAGUACAUAGAUUAUUUAAUGACCUGGGUGCAAGAUCAAUUGGACGACGAGACUCUAUUUCCUUCCAAAAUCGGAGUUCCUUUCCCGAAAAAUUUCUUAUCUAUCGCAAAAACUAUUCUGAAGCGGUUAUUCAGAGUAUACGCUCACAUUUACCACCAGCACUUUAGCGAAGUUGUGCAACUCGGCGAAGAGGCGCAUUUAAAUACGUCGUUCAAGCAUUUUAUAUUCUUCGUUCAGGAAUUUAAUUUGAUCGAGAGAAGAGAAUUGGCACCUCUGCAGGAGCUAAUAGAGAAACUGACAGCGAAAGACGCGCGAUGAGUCCAUCUACCGUCUACGAGCCACUCGUCCUCUCAAAACUUUUCCAAAGAAUCUCUCAACCAUCCCGUCUUCGCUAACCUGCACAUAUAAUUGCAUUAUUUAAACUGAUUAAUUAAUCGCUAAUCCCUACGAUCUGCCUCCGUUUCGAAGAAUUGGUGAUGAAAACGCGCCGCCUGGAAACAAGCGACUGAUAACGCGAAUAAAUGCCUAUGGUGUUCGUUCUGAAGCCUCAUUCUUCUCUGAUGGCGCAUGGAUGUAUUCUGUAUAUUCACUGCAUACACAUUCACAUACUAAAGAGAGAGAGAGAGAAAAAACUACUAUCGAGUGGAUAAAGAAUCUGGACGGUAGGUCUGAAACAGCGCGUUCGACUUUGUUACUCUGAUUUCUCCGAACGUUCUUCAUAUUUCGAUCGUAAUUUAUUGUGUUUUAUUGCACCGCUGAUACGCGAAGGAGAGACGGUCGGGAGCGCGAUUUUCAGUACAAAGUGUCGACGCAUCUCGAGAAAAGGACGAUUUCAAAAAUAACUAAAUAGAUGCGUCUCUUUUUCGUGAGCGAACAAAGACCAUUCAUAACGCUCGCGGGUUCCGCUAUUUUGUUAUUAUCUGCCGCUCUAUUAUCGGAUGUAAAAAUACUUCUAUUAUAUGAAUGUAGAAAUUAUUCGUUUCGUACGUUUUUAUGUACGAAUCCAACGGCAUAUCGUGAAUUUCGUAUGAUUUUACGUUUAGGGAUAGUUUUAUAAAUGAUUAUGUCCUAUCAUUUUCUUGGGUUAAUAUCCCGUAUCGUAUUUCUUAUUGAGAAACUGCACACAGUGUUGGUAAUAACAUAUACAUAUUGUGCUGUUGAAAAAGAAAGAAGAGUUAUCGCGCAACGCUAUAUCGCAUUACUGUGUAACAACUACUUUAAGAUAUCGUCCUCUUAAGCGCUUAUAGACUUAUUUAUACGACUAGGAUUUUUGUACGCGUUUUGUCUUCGUAGAAAGUGAUAUUUCCCGCUUCAGACGCUUCUCAGAUUCCGGUAGUUAGGCCGUAUACUACGUCAUCUUACUGCAAUUUCCCGUAUAAUUCUCGCAAAUUUUCAGUUUCCUAUUUUCAGUUUCCGUUUUCCAGGAAUUAACAUUACGCGAACAUUUGACAAAAAACCUAUUACGGUGUUUCUUCCGUAAACGUCAAUUGAUAUAACACCAUAUUUUGUUAGCUCGUAUUUAUUCUCGUUUUCUUCACCGCCUAAUCGAUUUUGUUCUGUAUUAAUGAACAAAGGAUUUCUAUAGAGCAGCACACAUUUUAAUUAUCAAGAAAGUUUAACUAAAAAUUCGCAGCGUCCGACUUCAAGUCCUUUUUUCUUAGUCGGUACUUAAUAAAGAGAAUAGCGAUUGUACGACUUUCGUGUUUAAUGAGCGUCGCGAAUUACAUAAGAGUCUCAAGUAUUAUAAAUAAUUGAUCACCAUCGCCGACUAUUAUCGCCACUUACAUAAGAUAACUCGAUUCGUCACGAACGUAUUGAAUGAAUUCGUCAUUUCUUUUGGCUUCUUCUGUAAGCUACGCGUACGAUAAUGAUAAAUCUUUAGGAAAUCUCCGAAGUGCUGAGAAAAAAAAAGGUUUAAAAAGGGAAACAUAUUUUUUUCAUUGCAGUAGACGUUAAGAGUUCGAUCGCGUGAACUUAUAUGUAUACGUGUAUACAUAUUGCAUAUAUAUAUAUUGACGUAUUUUACUAUAACGACACAAAAUAGUGAUUGACGCAGCGAAGCAAGGUGAUAGCGCCGCGGAACGAAAGUGGCGCAUAUACACGCUGAAUGUAGACGUAAAUGAUAGUAACGAUAAUAUUAUAUUCGGUACUUAAGGAAAGGCGGCGAUAAGCGAUGAAAAAUGAGAGUGCAAAAACUCGUAUUUGUCUACGCUUUUCGGAAACGGUUAUAAUAGCGCCUGUUUGUGAUCGCGAUGAAUGAUAGUCGCCUAUUAUAAGACUACCUGAUUCAUUCUCGACGACCAAACUAGUUACAAAUGGCUAUUUUUGACCGUACAUGCGUUUGUACGCGUACUAGCGAUGUCUCGACGCCAACCUGCAAUUUAUUUUUCUUUUUUAUAGCCCAAUGGAUUUUCGACUCUAGAAAUCACAGUACCAUACACAUUUUUGUUUCAUUAAGAGUCCUAGAAAAAUCCUAGAAAAAUCUGCAACUGCUAUCCAUUCGUUUAGACGCUUAGCUACAAUCCCCCCGGUCAGAAAAUACUUGCGUCGAUUCUUUCUCCCUUUCCUCUUGAGCGACUUUCCGCGGCACGAGUGCCUGAAAUGCGACUGUUCGACACGGUCGUGCGAGAAAUUGUCAGUGAACAAUACAUUUCGAAAUUAUUCCUAAAAUAUUACGUGCGGGACAUUAGCGAAAGAUCGAAAAACUUACAAUUAGUGCCGAAAGAGCCAAACUAGCGGAUAGAUUUCCAAGUAUUCACGAAUUCUGUAACUUUUUUAUAAAUCUCUAUUAGAUAUAAAGUAAACUUUCGGAGAGACUCAAAUUCUUAGCUAAACGUCUCGAAGGAGGAAGAUGCCUAUCUGUGCGAAAUUGGUCCUCAUCUUCGGCUCUUUCAACACUAAUUAGGCGCACUAAGUAAUUGUAAUUUGUUAAGAUUGAAGGUGAAAAUUUAACGCGAGAUUUGUAGAGGCUGAUUUGGUGGUCCUGAUAAUCUGAUCAGUCGAGUUAUAAACAAUGAGUGAUAACUCGAUCGCGUCAGUGGAGGGACCAUUUUUAUGCUGUAGAAAUCCUUGAGAACCACUUCUUUACGCGUCGGGAAAGACGAUCGUGUUGAGAUGAGGUCAGAGUUGGAAAGUAACGCGUUACUUGUAGCGCAGGUACCGUUUUCGUUACUUUUUUCUGUCUAUAACAAUAAUAUUGUUACAUUCUUACAAUAAUGGUAACGAAUUUAAUCGUUACUUUUGUUUUCUAUUAUCCUUAUCAGAGAUUGAGGUUGAGAUUGAAUUAGAAUUAAAAAAAUCAGAACAAAGAAAACCAAUCUUAAAUUUAGUGAAGUUUGUAUUUUGAUAGCAAUUGUUGGUAUUGAAUAAUUUACAUAUAUGCUAUAAAUUUUCAAUGCUGGAAUUAUUGGAGUGCAUUUUUAAUAGUUACAUUAAUGUUUAAAAAAAUUACAUUAAUGUUUAAUCUGAAUUUAUGUAAAAAGGAAAUAUAUUAAUUAAAUAAAGAAUUGGAAAAAUUAUUAGAUAAGUUUAACAGAAAGAAAAGCUUGUGCUCUACAUACAGAAUAACUUGGAGAGUUUCAAGUUUUAAUAUUUAUUAUUACAUUUAAUAUUGAUUAUAUAUCAAAUGUAAUUUUAAAAUCUAAUAACUUACUAUAGCAUUACAAAAAAAAAACGAACCAUUACUUUUAAAGUAACGGUAACGAUAACGCAUUUUUUAAAAUCAGUAACGAGUAACGGUAACGCGUUAUUUUUUUCGUAAUAACGUUUCCAAUUCUGGAUAAGGUUGUAUUUCUCUUCAUUCAGAACGGCCUUUCGCGGAGAGUUCUCAACGACCAACUGUCCGCUCGUUUGAUAGUAACGCUAGUGAUAUAUGUGCAAUGUAAAUAAUAUUUUUCACGAUUAAACGGGAAAUCCCUACGUCCUAAAUCACGGCAGAUGGGCCGUGCGUUUAAAAUGUUUAUAGUCCUGAAUAUAAUCUUGUAAUCUUUCUGUAAUAAAUAUCGUUCCGAUUGUA